AUGAGUGCCACGUUGACCCUCCGCCUGGCACUGCUGACGGCGCUGCUGACGGCACUCCCCGACCACUCCGCUGCCGGCUACGGGAGUUACUACGGAAGCCCCACUCCCUACCACUCCUACCAUGACCACCCGUACCAUUACUCCGGUUACUCCCCGCCUGACUACUACUUCUUUGACGACUACCAUGACGGCUACUAUGGGAGUGGGAAGGGGAGUAGUUACCAUGGGAGUGACAGGGGGAGUAGUUACCAUGGGAGAGUGAAGGGGAGUGAUCAUGGGAAUAUGAAGGGGAGUAGUUACCAUGGGAGUGACAAGGGGAGUGAUCAGGGGAAUGGACACGAGCAUAGCGAUGGAAUAAAGUACUUCGAUGAUGGGGGAGUGAGUGGACACAUACACACAGGUGAUGGAGGACUGGAUCACGGAGUAGGGAGUUUGAAGGGAGGAGGAGGAGGAGGAGGAGGAAGGCCUGGGAGUAAUUUCGGAGGAGGAGGAGGAGGAGGAGCUGGAAGUAAUUUCGGAGGAGGAGGAGGAGGAGGAGGAUUAGGAGGAGAAGGAGGAAGGCCUGGGAGUAAUUUCGGAGGAGGAGGAGGAAGACCUGGGAGUGAUUUCGGAGGAGGAGGAGGAGGAGGACCUGGGAGUAAUUUCGGAGGAGGAGGACCUGGGAGUGAUUUCGGAGUAGGAGGAAGACCUGGGAGUAAUUUCGGAGGAGGAGGACCUGGGAGUGAUUUCGGAGGAGGAAGGCCUGGGAGUGAUCAUGGUGGAGUGAUUCGACCAGGGGUGAAUCUAGGAGGAGGAGGAGGAGGAGGAGGAGGACCUGGGAGUGGAUUGGGAGUAGGGAGUGGUGGUGGUGGUGGUGAUGGUGGUGGUGGUGAUGGUGGUGAUGGUGGUUUUGAACUUCCACUAGACCUCCUUCGCUCAAAUCCAGUGGAGAAGAACUGAGCAAGAAAAAUGGAAGAGAGGUCAUCCAUCCAUCCAUCCUCCUCCUCCUCCUCCUCCUACUCCUCUUCUUCUUCCAAGGUCUUCUUCACGCGUUCUGGAUUUGGAAGGAAAAAAGAUACGUAAUUAAGAAGAAGAAG